GUAGUAGCUGGAAGUGAAGAUUAAUUUUUAUAGAUUGUACGGAAAAAUUAGGGUUUUCAAAAGUUUGGUUUUCAAAUCAUGAAGCUGUCAACAUCUGGAUUGGGUCAACAGGGUCAUGAAGGAGAGAAGUGUCUGAAUUCUGAGCUAUGGCAUGCUUGUGCUGGACCAUUAGUCUCUCUUCCAUCAUCUGGUAGUCGAGUUGUUUACUUUCCACAGGGUCACAGUGAACAGGUAGCUGCUACAACUAAUAAGGAAGUUGAUGGUCACAUACCCAAUUACCCAAGCCUACCACCACAAUUGAUAUGCCAGCUCCAUAAUGUUACAAUGCAUGCAGAUGUCGAGACGGAUGAAGUCUAUGCUCAAAUGACACUUCAGCCAUUGACACCGGAGGAGCAGAAGGAAACAUUUGUACCGAUUGAGUUGGGGAUCCCGAGCAAGCAACCUAGCAAUUAUUUCUGUAAGACUCUCACAGCUAGUGAUACUAGUACACAUGGAGGGUUUUCUGUUCCUAGACGUGCUGCUGAGAAAGUUUUUCCUCCAUUGGAUUACACACUGCAGCCACCAGCUCAAGAACUGAUUGCAAGGGAUCUCCAUGAUGUUGAAUGGAAGUUUAGGCAUAUCUUUCGGGGACAGCCCAAACGGCAUCUCCUAACUACUGGAUGGAGUGUCUUUGUCAGUGCUAAGCGACUAGUAGCUGGAGAUUCUGUCAUUUUCAUCAGGAAUGAAAAGAAUCAACUCUUUUUGGGAAUACGUCAUGCCACUCGGCCACAGACUAUUGUACCAUCAUCUGUUUUAUCUAGUGAUAGCAUGCAUAUUGGACUCCUUGCUGCUGCUGCACAUGCUUCUGCAACUAAUAGCUGUUUCACUGUUUUCUUUCAUCCAAGGGCUAGCCAAUCUGAGUUUGUGAUACAACUUUCCAAGUACAUUAAAGCCGUUUUUCACACGCGUAUUUCAGUUGGGAUGCGCUUUCGCAUGCUCUUCGAGACAGAAGAGUCGAGUGUCCGCAGGUACAUGGGUACUAUAACUGGUAUCAGUGAUCUAGAUUCUGUUCGUUGGCCAAACUCUCAUUGGCGGUCUGUCAAGGUUGGCUGGGAUGAAUCGACUGCAGGGGAGAGACAGCCAAGGGUUUCUUUAUGGGAGAUUGAGCCUCUUACUACCUUUCCUAUGUAUCCAUCUCUGUUUCCUCUCAGACUAAAACGUCCAUGGCAUGCUGGCACUUCAUCAUUGCCUGAUGGAAGGGGUGAUUUAGGAAGUGGUCUAACAUGGUUAAGAGGAGGUGGAGAGCAGCAAGGUUUGCUUCCUCUAAAUUAUCCAUCUGUUGGUUUGUUUCCAUGGAUGCAACAAAGGCUGGAUCUCACUCAAAUGGGGACUGAUAAUAAUCAGCAAUACCAAGCAAUGUUAGCUGCUGGAUUGCAGAACAUCGGCGGUGGAGAUCCUCUUAGACAGCAGUUUGUCCAGCUGCAAGAGCCUCACCAACAAUAUCUUCAACAGUCAGCUUCCCAUAAUCCUGAUUUGAUGCUUCAGCAGCAGCAGCAUCAACAAGCGCGCCAUCUCAUGCAUGCUCAAUCCCAGAUUAUGAGUGAGAAUCUUCCGCAGCAGAAUAUGCGACAAGAAGUUAGUAACCAACCAGCUGGACAGCAGCAGCUACAGCAAGCGGACCAAAAUGCAUAUCUUAAUGCUUUCAAAAUGCAAAAUGGCCAUCUUCAACAGUGGCAGCAUUCGGAGAUGCCGUCACCUUCAUUCAUGAAAGAUUUUCCUGACUCAAGCAACAAAUUUGCAACAACUGCUAGUCCGAUGCAACAGAACUCUGCCUCUCCGGCUUCUGGAGAUGGCAGCAAUCUUUUGAAUUUUUCUAUAACCGGUCAGUCUGUACUGCCUGAGCAGUUAACAACAGAAGGUUGGUCUCCAAAAGCAUCCAACACUUUUUCUGAACCGUUGUCACUUCCACAAGCCUAUCCUGGGAAAAGUCUUGCUCUAGAACCUGGAAAUCCCUCUCUUUUUGGUGUUGAUCCUGACUCUGGACUCUUCCUCCCCAGUACGGUUCCUCGCUUUGCUUCCUCAUCAGGAGAUGCUGAAGCUUCCCCUAUGUCACUAACAGAUUCAGGAUUUCAGAAUUCCUUAUUUGGCUGCAUGCAAGACACUCAUGAGUUAUUGCAUGGAGCUGGACAGAUUAACCCGUCCACCCAAACCAAGAACUUUGUAAAGGUUUAUAAAUCUGGUUCGGUUGGGCGUUCACUAGACAUCUCCCGAUUCAGCAGCUAUCACGAGCUGCGAGAAGAGUUAGGGAAGAUGUUUGCUAUCGAAGGGUUGUUGGAAGACCCCCUUAGAUCAGGCUGGCAGCUUGUAUUCGUUGACAAGGAAAAUGAUAUUCUUCUCCUUGGCGAUGACCCGUGGGAGUCAUUUGUGAAUAACGUUUGGUACAUAAAGAUACUAUCGCCGGAAGAUGUGCAGCAAAUGGGAGAUCAUGGUGAAGGCAGUGGUGGGUCAUUCCCGCAAAACCCGACCCAUCUCUAGAAGCUGUUUGGGUGUAGAUCCUAUAUCCUGCUACAUUGCGGGAGCCUUUGUUUUCGUUUGAAGACACUUCCACUGAUCUUUAUAUGCCAUUCGUUCGCAUCUCUCUCAUUUUGACGUUUUUAGAAAGAAACAUAAUCAUAUUUG